AUCAGACUCGCUAUCCCGACAAGGAUGCUCCUUGGCCGAGAAUUGUUACACAGAUUCCCGGGCAGACGCUCCUUCGUCUCCAAAAAAAUCUUCAGGUUCCGGGGUGUUUUCUCAAUAGAUGCUUUAUGCACUAAAGCAAGUCUUACACAUCGUGUUCACUCAACCCAUUGAGAACUCCAGAACGAUUCUGGGUUGAGGAGGCUCAAUGAAGCCGGCCAAGGCCCACAGGAAGAAGCUCAAGGCCAUAGCUUCGGAGGCGGAGCCUGAAGUUGAGGUUGAGGGAGCUGCUUGCCCCACACCUGCCCCCUCAGCAUCCCCAGAGAAGGGGAACUCCCAGACACAUCACUGCAACGCUAUGGCAACGAAGCAGCUUCACAGUAAUGCCAUGGAAACCAAGCAGUUUCACAGUAAUGCCAUAGAAACCAAACAGCGUCACAGUAGCGCCGUGGAAACCAAGCAGCUUCAAAGUAACGCCAUGGAAACCAAGCAGCUUCAAAGUAACGCCAUGGAAACCAAGCAGCUUCAAAGUAACGCCAUGGAAACCAAGCAGCUUCAAAGUAACUCCAAGGAAACCAAGCAGCUUCAAAGCAACGCCAUGGAAACCAAGCAGCUUCACAGUAAAGCCAUGGAAACCAAGCAGCUUCAAAGUAACGCCAAGGAAACCAAGCGGCUUCAAAGUAACUCCAAGGAAACAAAGCAGCUUCGAAGUAACACCAUGGAAAGCAAGCAGCUUCACAGUAACGCCAAGGAAACCAAGCAGCUUCAAAGUAACGCCAAGGAAACCAAGCAGCUUCAAAGUGACUCCAUGGAAACCAAGCAGCUUCAAAGUAACGCCAAGGAAACCAAGCAGCUUCAAAGUAACACCAUAUUAACCAAGCAGCUUCAGAGUAAAGCCCUGGAAAGCAAGCAGCUUCACAGUAAUGCCAUGGAAACCAAGCAGCUUCAAAGUAACACCAUAGAAACCAAGCAGCUUCAAAGUGACUCCAUGGAAACCAAGCCGCCUAACUGUAGCACCCUGGAAACAAAGCCACUAAACUGUAGCCCCGUGGACAAUGAGCCGCCUCACGGUAGUGCCAGGGACACCGAUGGACUUGCCACGGCCGAAGGGGACUGCUCCUCAUGUGAUGGUGGUGUCCGUAACAAUGGCAACAGCCCCACCGCAGGCAACAGUCCCACCCACUCCGGCAGUGUGGAUGAGGACUCUCUGUCGGAGUACGACAACGUGGGCUCUGAGGAAGAGGAGGAGGAGGAGCGAGACUAUGAUGAAGAUGAGGAGCUGUGCACGGAUGCGGACGGCAUGACCUACUACGUUCACUGCUGCCCUGAGGACGAGAGCUACAUGGAGGGCAUGGACUGCCACGAGGGGGGGGAGGCGGGAGAAGGCCCCAGCACAGCCCGCGCGCCAGACAAGUCCAUCAGCAGCAACAGCAGCAACAGCAGCAGCAAACCCACACCCAACUGGAUCCCCUCAGAGGGCUUCUACCAGGUCCUCCAGCAAGACACGGAGACGCUGGUCUACAAACACCCAGAACCCCUCACCGACCCGACCUUCAUCCAGGCUCCCAUGGCCGAGGAUGAGGAAGAUGAGGAGGAGGAGGAGGCAGAUGAGGAGGAGGAGGAGGAGGAAGAUGACUACUUCCCCUAUGAGGGAGAGGAGGCUGAGGAGGACCAGCAUGGAGUACUCCACCCGCAGGACGGGAGGGACAGGGGGGGCAGGCUGGAGGAGCGGGGGGAGGCGGAGGAGGAGGAGGAGGCAGAGCGCUGCUGCGGGGAGAGGGAGGAGAGGGGCAGCCCUUACAGAGGGGACCAGAGCAUCCCUGAGGACUGCAGAGCCUACACCCACACACCACCCUGCACCCACACACCACCCUACACCCACACACCACCCUGCACCCACUCACCAGCCUGCAGCGACACGCCGCCUUAUGGCAGCUACACAGGAGACAGCGAGGAAGAGGACGAGGAGGAAGAAGACGACGAGGCCCACCCAGCCAGACGGAUCAGAGAGGAGAGGAGGGGGGUGGGGCGGGGGUCCAGCACCAGAACCCAGUCAGCCGGAGAGGCGAGGGGCAGAGAUGGCCGCCACCAGAACGGACUCAGAGGUACGGAGCGGCGCCGCGGCUCAGAGGACAGCAGGUGCCACGUGGAGAGACUCUCCCACAGCCCUCACCACAGCUCAGAGCUGGAGGACUGCGAGGCCCCUGAGGGCCACCCCUACCCCGGGCACGGAGACGGUGGGCAGGGGCAGGGGCAAGGGAACCGGCCCUACCCUGGACACAGGGACACAGAACAGAGGGCGUGGCACACACAGGGGCAUGACCCGAGGUCAGAGGUCACUGUGGACCUAGCUGAUGAGGUCAGGAGGUCACUCAGCAUGGGGAGGCACAUUAGUUCCGUGGAGAGGUCACGUGACCAUAGGGAGCCUCCUGAUAGGCCCAGAGGCCGCUCGCACCACCCCAGGCCGGUCAGCCUUCCCCUGGUGCUUCCUGAUGAUCUGGAGCGAGCCUCCGCUGACCUGCACUCCCAGUCCACAGAGGAGAGACGCCGAUCCGCACACGCCAUCCCCGCUCACGCCAGCCCAGAACGACACCCGGAACCAAACAGAACCCAGAGGAACCACAGAGCACCCCAGCAAGCAAAGAAGAAUACCUCCUUUCCUAGUUUUGUGGAGGUUCCAGGUCCAUGUGAGCCAGAAGAUCUGAUCGACGGGAUCAUUUUUGCUGCCAAUUACCUCGGUUCCACCCAGCUCCUGUCGGACCGCAACCCUUCCAAAAGUGUCCGCAUGAUGCAAGCUCAGGAAGCUCUGGACCAGGUCAAGAGUUCAAAUGAAGACGGUCCGGGCCUUACAGAAGUGGAUCUUUUCAUCUCCACAAAGGCGAUCAAAGUCUUAAAUGCUGACACACAGGACACGAUCAUGGACAACGCGCUCCGCACCAUCUCCUACAUUGCCGACAUCGGGAGCGUGGUGGUGCUGAUGGCGCGCAGGCGGAUGUCCCACUCCGCCUCCCUGGACUGCACCGACACCACCGGCGCCGCCGCCGACAGCAGGAAGCAGUACAGGAUGCUCUGCUUCGUUUUCGAGUCUGAAGACGCCCAGCUCAUAGCCCAGUCCAUUGGGCAGGCGUUCAGCAUGGCUUAUCAGGAGUUCCUGCGAUCCAACGGGAUCAACCCAAAGGACCUCAGUCAAAAAGACUACAGUGACAUCAUCAACACGCAGGAGAUGUACAACGACGAUCUGAUCCACUUCUCAAACUCAGAGAACUGUAAAGAGCUGCAUGUGGAGAAGCUGAAGGGGGAGAUUCUGGGCGUGGUGAUCGUGGAGUCGGGCUGGGGGUCCAUCCUGCCCACGGUGAUCCUGGCCUGCAUGCUGAACAGUGGCGCCGCAGCCCGCUCCGGCAAGCUCAGCGUGGGAGACCAGAUCAUGGCCGUCAACGACACCAGCCUGGUGGGACUGCCCCUCGCCACCUGCCAGAGCAUCAUCAAGGCUUUAAAGAACCAGGUGCAGGUUAAAUUGAGUGUGGUGAGCUGCCCCCCCGUCACCACCGUUCUCAUCAAGCGGCCCGACCUCCAGUACCAGCUGGGCUUCAGUGUUCAGAAUGGCAUAAUCUGCAGCCUGAUGCGGGGGGGCAUCGCGGAGCGUGGGGGGGUUCGCGUCGGGCACCGCAUCAUCGAGAUCAAUGGACAGAGUGUGGUGGCCAUGGCCCACGAGAAGAUCGUCCACGCCUUGUCUGUGUCUGUCGGAGAGAUCAACAUGAGGACCAUGCCAGCGGUCAUGUUCCGCCUCCUCACCGGACAGGAGACGCCCGUCUACAUCUGACGACUUUCACCAACAACACCGCACUGUGGUUGGACCACUGGUUACCAUGACAACCGAGAGCCCCUCCUCACCCCCUCGCCAUGCUCCUAUCAGUGUUAUUUUUACCGUGCGACUUGACUGCUAGGCCUCUCCUAGCCGUGGUCUGUGAUUGGAUAGGGUGUGUUUAGCGUUACUAGUUGUUCCGUGCACUGUCAGUAGUUUUGACUAAAAACAGAACCACACGUCGUCAUCUUCUUCGUCCGUCACGGAGCCUCUAACCAGCCGAGCCGCAUGUGCAGCAUGCAUGCCUUGUCACAAUUAAAUGACAUCAUCAUGAUUAUUUUUUUAAAACAAAACAGGAAUGCAGAAGGAAACAUGUUUAUUUUUUAACAAGAGCAAGGCUAUGAUGUAAAUAGUUGAGUUGGUGGUUUUGGUGGUGCGAGAUUAAGAAACACAGGGACUAGUUUGGUCUUUUGGAUGAGAUGCUUAUCUAUGCAGUGGUGUGCCCCACUUUAGUAAGGACUACACACACACACACCGAUGUGUCUGAGUGUGACUCUCAUAUGUGUGAGAAACUGUAGAAGUUCUAACGUCCAAAGAGUGUGUGUGGAUGACGAGAGAGAAGUGCUUCACCUUAGAAACAUAUCUCACUCUCACUGAGCGGAGCCCAUCUGAUUCACACGCAAAGCAAUCCCACUUACUUUGGCAUGGGUUCCAGGAAGAUGGCAAUACAUAACAAGUACAUGUGUGUGUUU